GUAGACCGUUCAAAACCAGGAUAACAUUCUCUUCUAUUUCUGGAAAGAAGUUCUAUCAUCCCGUCUUCCCAAUUUAGCUUCAAUGGCUGCAUCUUGUUCAAUUCAGAGCAAAUGUUAUGCAGUACCACUACACCUAAUUUCGACCUCAGGCGGAUCAAAUUUAUUCGUUCCUAGAUCCAUAUGUCCAACAAAAAGAAAACCAAAUCAGCAAGUCCAAAGAUAUCGAGCAUGUUGCCUUUUAGAAGUUGCAGUUCCUAGCAUUGAUAUUCCCUUAUCAGCUUCAAUCAACUUGGCAGAUCCCAUAAGAGAUGCAUCGGACUUGAUACCAGAGUACAUGCAAAGGUUGGUUUUAAUGGAUCUGGACCCGGGAACAGCUAAAUUGGCAAUACCCAUAUUGGGGCCUUUACUAUCAGCAUUUUCAUUCCUCUUUAUUGUAAGAAUUGUCAUGUCAUGGUAUCCAAAGCUUCCUGUUGAGAAAUUCCCGUAUGUAGUAGCAUACGCCCCUACAGAGCCGAUUUUGACAGUCACACGCAAGGUGAUUCCUCCCCUUGGUGGAGUUGAUGUGACUCCCGUGGUUUGGUUUGGAUUGAUCAGUUUCCUUAAUGAAAUAUUAGUUGGCCCUCAGGGCCUCCUUGUCCUCCUAUCUCAACAGGUUUAGAUUAUGUAAUAAUGAAUCAUAAACAGAAUCUACAAUUUUUCAACCCCUACAUGUUUGUUUCCUUUUGAUUUGAUCUGAACAGAAUGACUUAAUGGAUUAAGCCCGGAAACAUGGCUUAAUGUAUUAAAAACUAACUGUUUACCUA